AUGGCUUCGGCUACUUUAUCAGUCACGGAUACCCACAAACAAACACAAUCUACAUCUCAAUUAAAAACCAAUCUACCAACAUCCUUAGCAGAAACCACAGCCAACACCACUUUUCCAAAAAAAGAACUAGCUAUUAUUCUAAACACUAUUAACGACAUAGCCCAAAUCGAAUAUAUAAAAGCUCUCGAAAAAAUCACUCCUACCAAGAACAUAACAUUUGCUUCUUUCAACAUUGAUCCAGAUGAUCCGGUACCAUUUGCACAGAAUAAUAAAGUUAUUGUUGAGCAACCCAAAACGGAUCAUGAUAAUUGGUCAAAUACUGUUAAUGUACCAGUACCACUAGAUUCACUAUGUGACCCUGAUGAUCCUGUAAACCCAAUACCAUCUCUUCAGUUAGAACGAAAAGAGCGAAUACUUAAAGGGGCAUUCCAACCAAAAUUAAAAAUGUAUCCCAGGACACAGUUUGGAAAUAGAGCACGGAGUUUCCAAAGUUCCUGGUAUGAUGAUUUUAGCUGGUUAGAAUAUAGUGUGAAACUUGACAGAGCAUUUUGUUUCGUAUGUCGGAUGUUUAAUACAGCUCCAGUGUUAAAUUCCGGACAAGUAGACUUUGCUUUUUCACAAAAAGGUUUUAAAAAUUGGAGUACUUCUACUACAAAAUUUAAAAAACACCAAAAUUCAAUCUCCCAUAAUUUUAGCAUGACAGCGUAUCAUAACUUUUCAAAUUGUAAACCAAUUGAUGUUACCUUGGAUGAAUCUAGAUUAGUAUCUAUUAGUGAAAGAGAAAAGCAGCGUUUGCACAAUCGUAACAUCAUGCAUCGAUUGAUAGAUAUUACUUUGUGUUUAGCUAAAAGUGGCAAACCAUUUAGAGGGCACUUAGAAAAAAGUUCAGAUGUGUGUAAGGGUUUAUUUUUAGAUAUUGUGGACAUUUAA